UGGACGGACCAGCGGAGGAGACUCUCACGGUCUCUGCAGCGCGGAGCUGAGCGCACGGCUCCACGGAUCCAUCCUCCUGCGCGCGUCGGGGAGCCGGUGCGUCCUCCGGGUUCGGGACCCUUCUCCUCUCGUGUCUCUCCGGGGGGAUUCGAGCUGCUGUUCCAGCGGAGACAUGUCGGAGCCCACCUGCCGCUGCGCGUCCUGAGCGCAAUUUAAACCCGAAGUCAUGAAGUGAACGUGGCAGCAGCAGUUUCUCUGAUGGUUGAGAGCAGCGCACUGGUCAUGUUGGACCGAACGGACCCGGCACACUGCACCGUGUGCUGCUGUACGCUGGCCAACAAAGUCCUCAUGGUGCUCUUCAUGGUGCUGCUGAUCUUCGCCAUCUUGUUUGGAAACUUGGUGACUCUGGCUGUGGUUGUGGGAACCAAACACUUCCACACGCCACAGGGAUACCUGAAGGCGUCCCUCGCUGUGGCCGAUCUGGCGGUGGGGAUCUUCGUGGUGCCGCUGUCCGUCUACGCCGAGGUCUACCUCAUGGUGACGGACUCUGCACCAGAGUGGACUUCAUACAACUCGCAGGUAGUGAGUUUCCACCCGUGCAACGUUAUCGGCCCCAUCUUUGCCGGGUGCACCUUGGUCUCCAUAACAACUAUUUUCCUGCUGACGAUGGAGCGGAGCAUCGCUGUGUUGAUGCCGCUGCACAAGGACUGUGUGAUCACUCGUAAGAGAACCACGACCCUCAUCGUCCUCUCCUGGGUGGGGAGCUUCUUCUUGGCCGUGUCUCCGAUGCUUUUCAGCAGCGAGAUCGCUCUGGAGUACAACUCCUGCAGCCGCAUGUGCAACUACGCGCUGGGGGUCGUGGGCGAGUUCCCCAGCCAGGCCUGGAACAUCCUCCUGCUGUUCCCAGCGUUUGACUUCACCCUCCUCGGUGGCACUGUGGUGAUAAACCUCGUCUCUCUGUCCAGCAUCAGGCAGCACUCAAAGCGCAGGAAACACCUGGCUGUGUCCGAGUGCCAGAAAAAAACCAAUCCCACAUUCUCUGACAUUAAGGCAGCGAAGACCAUCGGGACUCUAACGGUGGCGUUUACAGCGUCGUUCACCCCCAUCGCCGUCUUCGUAGUGGGAAACGUUUUGGGGAAUAAAUGGUGCAACUUCUCCUUUUUCGCCUUCUGGAUUCUGGCCUCCAACAGUUGCUGGAACGUCAUCAUUUACAGUGUGAGGGAUCAGAAGUUCAGGCUCCGUGCUCACAAGCUCCUCGAGCCCUUCCAGAGACAGAACCCAACCAAGACCUAAAGAAAACCAGAGGUCCGGGACAGACGCUCAGAGGAGAACCUGAGCAGAACUGCAUCAUUUAGACGAGAGAAGCAUGUCUUCAGAUCGCUGCUGUAAAAUCACUGUUCCUUUUCUUACAUCAUAAAAAAGCAUGAAAAGUUUGAACAUCCCGAAUGUGAAGUGUCCUUCAUUGUCUUGUUGUGUGUGACGCUGCAGGUCCACAUCCUGAUGGUGUAUCUCACUGUGAUCUAUUAAAACACAAUUAAAACAGUU